AUGUUGCAGCAAAGAGAGCAGCAGCCUGGCAAGGUGGAGCCCAAGCUGCAGGGACCAGGCCACCUGAGCAACCUGGGAGAACAGCACAGCAGUCCAGGCUCUGUAAGUUUACCCCUCAAUCCCAAAUCUUUCCUCAAUGGAUUAACAGGAAAAUCAGUAAUGGUGAAAUUUAAGUGGGCAAGGGAAUACAAUGGCUACCUGACAUCUAUAGAUGGCUAUAUUAACAAGCAGCUUUCAAACAUGGAAGAAUACAUAGAUGGAGCCUUGUCUGGACACCUGGGUGAAGUUUUAAUAAGAUGUAAUAAUAUCCUUUAUAUCAAGGAUGUUGAAGAAGAGGAAGAAGAUGGAGAAAUGAGAAAAUAG